AAAGAACAGAAUUGAUGCCAGGUCCGAUAGUAAGCAACCGCAUACAUUUGCCCAAAUUGCCUGAGUCACGUACGCGUCGCCUUUGCCUUUGAACCUUCUCCCACUGUCGUUCUCGUUGCCUUAUUAUGCCUCUUCAACUGGAACGCGAAAAUGAAAGAUUGCGACAGCUCCUAGCUCAAUCUAGACGCGAAACCGCGCAGUUAAGAGGCGCUCUUCGGGCAUUCGUGGACAAUAACGGUGAUAGCCGUGAGGACCACAGUGGUGACGAGCCUGAUGAGGACUACGAUAUGGCUAGCCAAGAAAGCGACGCGUCUGAUGAAGAAGACGAGACUAUUUCGCAUACAGAACUUUCCUGGGACAACGCGGAAAGGGUAUAUCGUUGCCCAAAGUGUCACUACGAAGUGAUUGAUGGCGUAUGCCAAGGGCGCGACUGCGCCACAUUGUUUGCGUGGACUGAGGAGCACGACAAAAUGCUCGGGGAGGCUGCUCCGACUGAUGAAAACUGUGCAAUGUCUUUAGAUCGUGCUCUCGUUCAGCGAGGAACGACUCCUUUGAAUGACUUGCCACUAGAUCUUCCGGUGCCUGAUAUCUAUGCCAAUUCCCCAACCGAAUUUCAAUCUCUUAUGCGGCGCGGAGCCACAGUCGCUAUGUGCCUCAGGUAUAAACUCAGGUUCACCAGGAAGCACGGUAUUGUGGCCCGGGCGGAUGAGGAUCUAUUCGACCUUUUUAAUACUCCGACAAUGGAAGAAACUGAUCAAUGGCAAAUAUAUCUGGGACGUCGAAUUCAGCUUCACUCCAAUGAUGAGGAUGGGCGAGAAUUCCUCAUCGACCUGCUCGAGGACGCGCUCAUCUACCCCCUGCGAUCUGAAUUCUCCAACUGUUUUCCGGAACGCUGGGAGACAUUUGUUAAGGAUCCAUCAGUAUUUCCGGUUGUAUGGAUUACCAGGCCCAUGUCAAAAAGCGGACCCGGCGGUGCAGAUUUCCAUGAGGAUUCAGAUGAUUCCGCCGACGAUGUCCCUGACUUCGAGGUGAAUGGUCAACCAAAUGUGGUCGGUUCUUAUUGGGAACAUGACUUGAUCAGGCAGGCGCAGGACGCCGCGUUAGACCCUACGUAUGGCGGGUGGAAUAGGCCGCCCAUCGGCUACGUUUGGGAUGCCUAUGAGUCUGAAUCCGAGGAAGAUGAGGACGCCCACGAAGAUGAUCCAACGACUAGAGAGGGAUCCUGGGAUCCAACUCAAGAAGAUAAAGCCUUCCCGUCGGAUUAUGAAGAGGACGAUAUGGAGGGCGUCGAUGGAAAUUUUGAUGAAGUGGAUGCUGAAGACAACACGGAGAAUUUUGUGGGGGAAUAUGAAAUGGAUGGAGAAAUGGAUGAAGAAGGCGACGAGACGACAAGUGGCGUCGUUGUUGUACGGCAAGAAGAUGACAUUGCGGGGAGUGACUUUGAUUCGGAUGAAGAGCUAAGCGGGGACGAAUUCGUUAUGGGCAGAACAGUAUGAAAAUUCCGGUCGGAUGUGUGUCAUAUAAUUUUAAAUUUUACCCGUAUCUUUCUUUUGAUUCUUCUGACGAGCAUUUUGUUCCACAGAAUGAUAGGAUUCUUGCGGGGGAGCAGUGCGGGGUAAGUGAUGGUCUCUGAUGGUUCAUGAUGAUGUUUCCUCGUGAACAACGCCACUAACCAUACCCCAUGCUUUGGGUCAAUUAAGGCGCGCCAAGGGCACGUUGGGGCUACUCUAAUGGGAUCGUGCUCUUCCGUCCUAUUCCGUCGGAGCGACUUUUUCCUAUGUUUUGAUCAGCUGCUCCUUUCUUGGUUGGCCCGCAUCUCGGGGAAAUAUUCGAUUAGAGAGACGUUCUAUUCC